AUGCUUUCGCUAGAGCUUAAUGAGGAUAAUCAGAGGGCACAGAGACAGGGCUGUGGAUCGAUUGUUGUUCAAGAUCACUAUUACGUAUUUAUUAAGGAGCCUGCAAAUCCAGGAUUUUCAUGGAUUUUGAAGCUGACAGUCAGCACGACAACUGAUGUGCAGACUUGUGGAGCAUGUGCCGCUGAGCACGGAAUUGGCUGCGUACCCUCUAGCUUUGCGUCACUUGAGAUCUACGCGCAGGCCCAUACCCUCCAGACCCUCCAGUUCCCCCCUCAACUCGGAUGGACCUCCGCCUGUCACACCAACCAACCGAUUCAUCCGUCGCAAGAAUCAUCCGAAAUGCCCUAUCGAUUCAUCCCAGCAGGUAUCAAACUCGCGGUGGUUCGCAUGGUUGCCCAGUCUCACUCACAAUCGUUCAUCUGCGAGACUCUGGGCGAGAAGAUCUCCAAGCAAUCCUUUGCUCGUUGGACGCAACUGUACCGAAACACCCAACGUGUCAUCCGAGAUCCUGAGGAAUACGAGAAGAGGGGCCCUGGCCUCAUACUUACCGCAGAGGACCAAGCGUUUAUGAUCGAUUUACUUCGCUUGGAACCCGGGCUAUUCUUGGACGAGAUGCGAGAGCGGCUCUACGAUCAAACCGAUACCCUGUUGAGCAUGAGUAGCCUCCACUCCAUGCUAGUAGAACACCUGCAAAUUACCCUGAAGAAAGCCAACACGAUCAACAUCAAAAAGUCCCUCGUCUCGAAGUAUGCAUAUGUGGAAAAGAUGGCAACUGUCCCGGCGGAGUUCCUUGUAUUUACUGACGAGUCAUGUGUCUGCUCGAGGGACUUAUUGCGAACUUUCUCUCGAUCCUCAAAAGGUAAACCGGCGAAUAGAACGAUCAUGCAACAGAAUGCAAAGCGAUUCACCCUGCUUCCGGCAAUCAGCGUCGAUGGGAUUGUCGCACUAACAGUGACCGAGGAGAACGUCAAGGGAACCAAUUUCGCUCAUUUUUUGAAGUACUGUCUGCUUCCUCGCAUGAAUCCAUAUCCCGGUCCAAAGUCCAUACUAGUCCUCGACAAUGCUGGAAUCCACGGUGGAGCGCGAGUAGCUCGAUUAUGUUGAAAUGCUGGGGUCCACAUCGUUUAUCUCCCUACCUAUUGCCCCGAACUCAACCCAAUUGAGUUGGUCUUUUCCCAAGUUAAGUCCAAACUACGUCGCUCCCAGGAUUUGGCUAGGUCCGUUGACCCUGAGUGGACCAUCGAAUCCACUACCUAUCGAGUUGCCUCAGCACGCCUCUGUCAGAAACUGUUCCACCACGCCGGGUAUGAUUGCCCUGAGGAUGCUGGAGGUCCAGACAUGACCGAAUUUCAUUUUUGCGAAUGAACUAUUCCUCCCAUUUCCAAGUCUUCGC